AGCGCGCAGCGACGCGCGACAAUUGGGCGAGCGCAGAGCCGCCAGUGUAUUGUACGGCAGGGAAGCCCAAACAGGACACCGAUAAUAACAACAGCAGCAGCUGAGCGCGCAUGAGGACAACUUCAGGCCCAGUCGCUGUUUUCGGCCGCGCACAGUUGAGAUUUCGGAUGUCCCCAUGGCUGCAAAAUUCACCAUUGCAGACAGCGACUCAGAGCAGUCGGAGGAAGUCGAGGAAGUCGAGGACAGAAAGCGGUCAUCGCCGUCGACUGCGCAAGAGCAGCAGGUUCCUGAACGCCCCACCCUUGCGUUACCUGGACUCAGACCGGCAGGGGGGGGUCGAAUCCGCGUGAACUCCGAGUCCCAGGCUUCCAGCGCUUCCAAAGACGAGGAGCUCCAAGUGAGGUGGGAUGAGGAGGCCGGCACACCCACGGACGGGGCUCCGUUCCGGGGCCGCUCCAAGUCCGCCCCGCCUGCCCUGUGGGCAGCAAAGAAAUACGGCCGGCAGCUCAGGAGGAUGAGCGACGAGUUCGACAGCCUCCUCGACAAAAGGGAAAUGAGGAAGGUGAGCAGCGCCGGGACGACCAGGCAGAUGCACCACUCUAAGAGCUGGUGGAGCUACCUCUUCAGCCACCAGGAGACGGAGGGCGAGAGCAACCACCACGACAGCCACACACACCGCACCGAGUAGGCCGCGGCACGGCACAGCACGGGGCCAGAGAGGUCUGAGGGGUGGAGAGGUCAAUGGGAGCGAGGGGGCAAGAACCUCAAGGAAGCCAAGUCAGCAAAAAUACGGUGAUAUGACGGUGACUGAAGGGAAAAAAAACACUUGAUCCGGCAGAGAAACAGACAGGGACGUGGCUAAAUGGGACGGUAAACACACAUCUAGAUCCCGGUCAUUUUUACACAUUGUUAACUACCUUUAUAUGAAUCUUUUGUAUUGUGUUGGAUGUGACUUUAGUAAGAUCUUGGGCAGCCCAUUGUGAAAAAAACCUAAGGGGACUGAGCACCAUUAAAAUGGGCAAAGGAGAUUUAUGGGGAGAACACUCAGCUAUCGGAUGCCUACUAUUUGAACCGUCUCUCUCACGUCAACACUAUGCAAAACACUGCAGCGGGAAGGAUGCACUGAAGUCAAAGCAGCCGAGAAUUUGAGACCACCCUUAAUACUGUUAAAACCUCUUUGCUUAGUAAAUACAGAUGUCUGGCGUGUCACUAAUGCCCACUGAGAUCACUAUACUGAUGUGCUAAAAUGAUCUUCAAUCGAGGGGAGAGUUUAGAAAAGACGUUUUAUAGUAUUCGACUCAGGCCUUUAUCCAGCUUCCUGUUCUACUACCUGUGAGCCAGCGCACUCGUAACAUCAAACCGUGCCUUUACUUGGUUUCAUCUUGUCGAGGAAGUGAAUCCUACUUGAUGAGUUCAAAUUAAAUACAGGCACGGUUUCUUUUUCGGAGUGCACCAUCAAACCAGUGUACGUGACUAUCAUGAACUGCUUUAAAUCUCAAAUAUAUCAAAAGAAGAACAAUCUUUAUAAGGACAAUCGGAUGACACCGAAAAAUAAUAUCUUUUUUAUAACUUCAGGGUUAGAUUUUAUCUGUACAAAAUGGCAUUAAACAUAAAUAUAAAAAGCACAAUCCAAUAUGAAACUAUCCUGUCAGAGCCGUGGAGAAGCAAAAAUAAAAGAAUUAGGAAUUUUUAUGUGUAAAUAUUUUAUCAGAGGGCAGGGGUUAAGGUUGUAGGCAGCACGGUUGAGCCAGAGGGCUUUGUUUGUUUUAAAGAUUACCAUGCUUCUUAACGAGUCUGGCCAAUCAGCAAUAGGCAGUGUACAAUCCAUGGAUGUUGUGAUAAAUGUUAUGUGUAUUUAAAGACAGGACGGUGGAGUAACUGCUGUACAAAGAGCCAGUGUCCGGUCCCAUUCACGCUGUCGCUGGUGCGUAGGGAGCAUGGAUUCACACACAGGUGUACUUUAGAAGGAACUGAAUCCAAUUUGUUAAGAUUUUUUUUCAGGAGAAUCACUUUUCAGUCCUGUGGAUUUUAAUUCCUUUCAAUGGGGUUUUGGCUUUGAUCUAUGUUGCAAUGUGAAUUAUUUCAAAACCUAAAUGUACCGGGCUUCGGGUCUCAGAGUGACAAUUUGAGGAUAGGAUUCUCAAUGAAUGUUGGUUAUUAUUGAUACUGAGGAUUUAAAACUAAGCUCAGUGGCACGCUACACAGCUUGGUAAAUAUAAUGAGGCUAUUUGUUAGGUCUUUAACUGAUAUGUGACUAUUGAAAAUGGUGACAGGUUUGUUCUACUUGUGUCCCGUUCUCUUAAUCUUGACUCGUAGACUUGGGUUGUGACGUGCUCGGGCUGAUGGACUGUAUUGUCUUUGAAGUAAAUCUUUGCUCUGUGGUUUUGUUUUAUUUUUUAUGUUUUUUUUAAAGCUUUUAAUUAACUUGUUAAAGGUGCAAUGUUAAUCAGAGAAAUCCAGACAAACUCAGUGACACCACCUUUUCAUCGUCCAGGGUGUGGGAAUGUGUCCGAUGAAUUGACUAAAGUAUUCUGAGAAGCCUUUAACAUCAAUUUGUGUCACAUAUAUAUAUAUAUAUAUAUAUAUACUACUGUAUACGCUACUGCUUCAAAGGUGUAGCCCUACUGCAUUUGAACAGAUAUUUACGAGGAAAGCAAGGAUGAGUGUCAAGUAAUUUUGCUGCCAUAAAUAGUUUUACAACGCCACUCUUCAAACAUCUACUUAAGUAGAUGAGAAUAAAGUUCACCUGGAGAUUCAAGCGGAGUGAUUUUACUGUGAACUGCCUCGAACAUGCUUUAACCUGUGUAACAUCGCAUUGCCAGCCUUGCCUGUUCACCGCCUUAAAACUCUACCGCUCGUUGUCGCAGAUACGCGCAAAACACAAGCACAAUAAUGUGGAACGUGUAUUCACCGUCACAGCAAAUACGUAGGUGGGGGUCACGUGACUGCGGAUAGUUUUGAAUCAUGACAGUGAACACACUUCAGAGGAAAAACCUGCCUCGGUAGUUGGAGUUUUAUAUUCAUCCUUGGUAUUACUUGAAUAUGGAGAAGUAUGUGGAGGACUGAUUUUCAAUAUUUCUUUCUUCUUUUUUGAUUUUUUUAAAAUGGCUUUUGUAAAUGUAUUUUUCUCUACAGCUGUGAAACUUCUGGUAUAUGCUGUAUAUAAGUGAGUAAGUGUAAAUUUGAAUUAAAAGACAAUUAUACAGAA